GGACGCUAAUAAACGGUUUUUGUUAAAACGUUAAAAAAAAUAAUCUUAAAACGAAUUAAUAAAAUGAUAAUAAAUACCAAAUAUCUAGCACUGUUUUUGACGGUGCUGGUGUUUUUGUCUUCAGCACAAGCCAUAAGGCAUAAAACUACACCCAUCAAUGAGGAACAAGAACAAACCUUGAGACAAUCACAAAAUACUUUUGUACAAUGGGUUUUGUCGCUGCUGCCACAAAGACCUAAUCUUUCUAACUUAACAGCCACCUUUACGGGCAGCAGCACCACAACGCCAGCAACACCAGCACAACCCUCAACCACAGCAAAUCCCGAAAAGACUACCACCCAGCCAGAUGUAACAGCUACUGCUACACCGCCACCACCACAACCCACAGCUGGAUCAACAACAACUAGCACCACUACAACUACUACUACACCAAAACCUUCUCCCACACCCUCACCCACACCAAUUAUGCCUUCUACCACUCCCUUAACACCACCCGAUCUAACACCACCACGCAAUUGCAGUGACUGCACCUGUGGCAUUGCCAAUACCCAAAAACGUAUUGUGGGUGGUCAGGAAACCGAAACCCAUCAAUAUCCCUGGAUGUCUAUGUUGCUGUAUGGAGGACGUUUUUACUGUGCUGCCACUCUCAUCAAUGAUCAAUUCCUCAUUACAGCCUCUCAUUGUGUUUAUGGUUUUCGCAGAGAACGUAUUAGUGUCCGCCUGUUGGAGCACGAUCGUAAAAUGUCACAUUUCUUGAAGAUCGAUCGUAAGGUGGCUGAAAUUAUAACACAUCCCAAAUAUAAUGCUCGGACUUAUGACAAUGACAUAGCCAUUAUUAAGCUGGAUGAGCCGGUAGAGAUGACGGAAUUGAUGCAUCCCGUGUGCAUGCCCACACCGGGUAAAUCGUUUAAGGGUGAGACGGGCACGGUAACGGGUUGGGGUGCUUUGAAGGUGGGUGGACCCACAUCGGAUACAUUGCAGGAAGUUCAAGUUCCCAUAAUGUCACAAGACCAAUGCCGCAAAAGUCGCUAUGGACCCUCACGCAUCACCGACAACAUGUUGUGCGCCGGCUACGAUGAGGGCAAGAAAGACAGUUGCCAGGGCGAUAGCGGUGGCCCUCUGCAUGUGGUAGCACCAGGCACCCGAGAACAUCAAUUGGCCGGUGUGGUGUCAUGGGGUGAAGGAUGUGCCAAGGCUGGUUAUCCCGGUGUUUAUGCUCGUGUCAAUCGUUAUGGCACCUGGAUUAAGACAUUAACGAAAAAUGCCUGCCUGUGUCAAUCGGAAACUAAAAAGAUUAAAAAAUAGUAAUAGCAGUUCGAAUGAAUUAUUUUUUUAAUUACAAUUUUAUUUAUUUAUUUUACAUUUACAUUUACUUAUUUAUUUUAUUUAUUUAUUAAAAUCUAUGUUAAGGAGAAAAUUGCAAUAAAUUAUGUAUUUAUACAUCUAUUUUUUUUUUCAAACAUUAAA